AACAGAAUCAGAAAAAAAUUUAUCUCAAGCAUUCUGUUAUGAUAAAAUAAUUAUAAUAGUCAUUACUUUUAAAAACAUUUAAAAUGGAUAAUGAAAAUGAAUCUAAUAAUAAUACUCAGCAAAAUGAACUCACUGAAGAAGAAAAAGAAUUAUUGGAAGCUAAGAAAGCCAAAAUAAGACUGCAGAUUUCCCAGUUGGAAGAUUUAAUUGAAGAAAUGACUUUACAAUCUGAAAUUGUUAAAUUUGGAGAUCUAGAUAUUGAUCCCAGUUCUUCAGCUGCUUCAACUGUACCUGAAUCAUCAAGCAGAAAUAUUGAUGAUGAAUUAGAAUAUGAUUUAUUCAAAUUGUCAGGACUUUAUUGUGUAAAGUGCACAAAUAAUGAGUAUGUUUAUAAUUUUUCGCCGACGUCAAACUAUGAGUUCCCGUACGCGGUACAAUUUUUUUUGGAUGACAAUAAAAUUACUUUAGGGAAAUGGGCAUUGCCAUGGGGUAUCAAGAUUGAGCACAUUUUAAAAGAAACUCCGCUGGAAAAGUCAUCACAAGUGUCAACUUUUUUAAGGAAUUGCAAGCGACAUAUUAACUGUCACGAUACACGAAGGCAACAAGUUGAAGCUCUCAAAAAAUCUACUUCAACAGUAAAAAAUAUCAGAGUCGAAGGGUCUCUCGGCUAUUUGUACAUUUAUAUAGAUUUAUUAUCAGUACAUAACAAUGAACUAGACUGCAAGCAUAAUUUAGCACUACAUAUCUUCUACGACUCAGGUGAAGUGCGACCACAUUUAAUAAAAGUAAACACAAAUUUAAAUAAGGAAGCAGGUGAAGAUCUCUUAUUGAAAAUGUCUAGAUUUGCAAAAGGUUUUAAACGACACAGUCUAGAAGAAGCUUAUCAGUUGAUUGUAGAAAAAGAUCAUCCAGUGUUUGUAUGGAAGCCAGAAGAAAUUCAUGAAAAUUAUCAAGAUUUUCCUGACUUAGGAUUAGAUGACUCUGCAAUCAGUGAUGAAGAAUCUGAGGAAGAGGUUCAACAACCAGGAAAACGAAAACGUGCCAAGAAACGUGUCAUUACAAAAGGAAAAAACGCGAAAAAAAAUCAAGUUACUGAAAAUAGUGAAGGCAAAGAUUCUUUUGAAAACUCAGAGAAUGAAACUGCUGUUGAAAAUAAUGAAAUAAGUAAAAAGAAAGUAACUAAAAAAAAUGUAUCUAUAGGAACUAAACCUGGAAAAGGUAAAAAAUCACCGAGUGUUAAUAAAACACCCAGACCUGCAAUCGCCAAGUCACCUGGAGCUAAGUCUAUAAAAAAUCAACCCGAUAAACGACAGACCAGAUUGAGUUUCAAAGGAGUCCCUCUUGAUAGUUCUAAUGCACGAAUUUCACCUCGAAGACAAGAAUUUAAUCAGCGUAAGCGGGAUACAAGCACACCGAAGGUAAAUAGGUUAAAUAAAGUCCCCAUUGUGCCGCUCACACCCAUCAGUAUUAGUUCUAUUGAAGCUAAUUCUGAUGAUAUCAAUAGAAGUAAAGGCGACAGUGAUCAGAAAAGAGAAAAAAAGGCUGCUAAGAGACAAAAAAAAAAGUAAGUAUUUUUAGUUGAUAAUUAAAAAUAGUUUUUAUUUGAAGUGGAGUAAAAAAAUAAGUGUAAUUUUUAAUAGCGUAAAAGUUUGUAAUUCAUAGUUAUAAUAAAUUAUUUUUUAUGUUUAAAUAUUUAUAAAAUGAUAUGUUUAAGUAAAUUGAUCAAUUACAAUAUUUAUGAUCGAUAUCCUAAA